UGGGGCCAGAGCAGCAGCAGGUUAGGUGUGGUGGUGGAGGCCCGUAACAUCACCCUCCCAGCCGGGACCCAGGCCGUGCUGCCCUGCCACAGCCCCCACAUGAUAUGGACCCGGGACCGGCUGAAGGACCGCCAGAGGGUGGUCCACUGGGACCUGUUCCGGAGCACACCAGAGUACUCUGUGGAAAGGAUACUGGACAUGUCCACCGGCGUCAAAGAGAGAGUCUACAAUGGGUUCAACAAGGGCCGAGUAACCAUCCCCAAAACCGCCUUCACUGACGGGAACUUCUCCCUCGUCAUCAACAGUGAGUUGGGCGUGUGUUGUCUAUUGUAUGCUAAUGACUGUAAAUGCUCCAUAAAAUAAUAUGGCAUUUCAUGCUGGACCAGAUUAAUAGUACACAAAUUCUUGGAAAUCUAGAAAUUUACUUGUAAUGUAUGUUAUUCUUCCAGAUGUAGGAACAGCUGAUCGAGGUGUUUAUAGUUGUAAUCUGCAUCACCACUACUGCCAGCUGCACCAGUCCAUCAAGAUACAGCUCAACACCACCAAGUCAGGUGACUACCCUCAAUACAUUUCUGAAUAGUAAUAAUCUAAGUAAUCUUUUGCGUAUUGACACUAUUUGUUUUGCUUAAUAUAAUAACACAUUUCAACCUGUCCUGUCAUGUCUCAGCCCGUAACGAGAAGCGCUACUGGGACGGGGACAAGACAGUGUUUGUGGUGUUGCUGGGGAGCUCUGUGGUGUUGCCUUGUGUGAACAGGCGGCCCCUGUGGAUGGAGGGGCAGCAGGAGGACCAGCAGCAGGUAGCCCACUGGGACUGGCAGCCCCCUGGGGUGAGACCUGAUGGAGCUGACCGCCUGGUGGACCUGUACGCCUCUGGAGAGCGCCGGCAGUACGGACCGCUUUUCCCCGUGGACAAGAUGAGUGUCUCUGAGGAUGCCUUCUCUGUAGGGGAUUUCUCUCUGACCAUCUCUAAUCUCCAGCCUGUCGACAAGGGCCUGUACUCCUGUCACCUGCACCACCACUACUGCGGCCUGCACGAGAGACGCAUCUUCAGGCUCAUGGUGAAGCCUUCACUGCCCCCACCGCCUCCGGUCCUCACCGCUGCCCCUGUUGCCCCUGCUGUCCCGACUGUCCCUGCUAUCCCCCACGCACUCCCCAAUGAUGACCCAAGUAAGAGACUCAGCAUUACCCUUUCUCUUAGGAAUUGCUUCUCUGAUGGGAAAUGAGAACCUAUUGAAAUCUUCAUUAGAACAUGCCAUUCCUUCAUUCCCCUUCCUGUCGUGUGAACAGGGAAAAGGUUUGAGGAGAGAUCUGCCACAAAGAUGCACUGACUUAACCAACCAAAAAUGCCUAUAUUUUUGGUUGGUUAAGUCAGUGCAUCUUUGUGGCAGAUCUCUCCUCAAACCUUUUCCCUGUUCACACGACAGGAAGGGGAAUGAAGGAAUGGCAUGUUCUAAUGAAGAUUUCAAUAGGUUCUCAUUUCCCAUAUGACCCAUAAAUACAUCCCAGGAACAGUGUUCUCAGACUACAAAAGCUGCUGAAAAGACAGACAGACACACACCAAUCAGAUUAGGGAAAACGAAACUCAGGGAAGAUGUGAAAAAUAGAUAAUAGAGAGAAGAUAGAAUGAUUGAUUUAUAGUUGGAAAGAGAAAGAGAAAAGAGAAAGUGCUUUCAAAGAACAGAACAGCAGCUUCAUUCUUACUUUGAGUUUCGUUUUCCCUAAUCUGAUUGGUGUGUGUCUGUCUGUCUUUUCAGCAGCUUUUGUAGUCUGAGAACACUGUUCCUGGGAUGUAUUUAUGGGUCAUAUUUACGUAUAGGCAUUUUUGGUUGGUUAAGUCAGUGCAUCUUUGUGGCAGAUCUCUCCUCAAACCUUUUCCCUGUCCGCUCGAGAGGAAGGGGGAGAGAAAGAGGGAAUGAAGGAAUGGGUGAAAGAGGCAACAAAAUAAACAGACUGAGAGAGAACUGAGAGUUUUGGAGAGUGGAGAAAGGGAAAUCUGACUGUGAUGUUGGACUGCAGGCAGCCUGUCUGAAAGAGUCUGUCUGAAACACCACUAAUUGGCCAUAACGGAAGUGCUCUCAUUUUCAUUGGAGACCUUUUUCAUUUUUCCGCAGUUGAGCAAUGGCUUAGUUUACAGGAGGAGUCAUUUUAGCUCCACAGAGUCAGACAGGAGCAGUAAAGCCAGACUCCAGGGGAAAGAGAGAGCGUGGUUAGGUUAGUAUGAAAAAUUUAUGUACUCACUUACUGUAAGUCGCUCUGGAUAAGAGCGUCUGCUAAAUGAGUAAAAUGUAAAAUGUUAGGCUUUGCAUCUGGUGUAUUGGGAUUUCUCUGUUAGUCUCUUUUAGUUUCAUUAGGGAGUGAACGUUAUUUAUAAUAAUGGUUACAUGGAGAAAAUCGGACCUAUCUGAAAUGAAAAUGGAUGGCCCUCCCUUCAGCAAAAUAUAUUUGACCUAAACCCUCCCUGAGCGCAUUACAUUUUUUUAAACAUAAAGUGGAUAGCAGAAAACAUGGCUACCGUUUACCCUCACUUUUUGGACAGACCAGAGCCUUAGAUAUGCCGUUUUAGAAACUGUUCUUCGUUCUGUAAGCAUUACAUGGCAACGUAGGAAUUUUGAUAGCACACAGGGCUGCGGGGCAGAAGGUUGUUCUUUCAUCAUAUUUAAGAAAAAAAUGGCCUUUUAUAAACAUUUCAUGCAAUUCUAUGUAAUUUUACAUAUUAGCAGAAUCUUUUUUAAUACCACACAAAUUACCGAAAUUACAGGCUAAGAAUGUACAGAGAGAUAGGCCUGUGUGUUCAUCUUAUCAUAUUUAUCCAAUGCCAAAUUAGUGUGUCUUGUUUGCAACGAAACUGUCCCUGUUUGCAAAUAAUUAUAAAUCUGAGCAUGGUACUUUCAAAAGUUAGGCCUACCUUUCCACCCCAGACAGAGGAGGCCUACCGAUGCAGAAAAAUGUAAGCUUUAACUGCUAGCUACUUUUCUUCUGUGGCUUAACCCAAUGAGAGAAGGUCACUAGUGUUUCCCUAAAAGGUGUCUGGGUUUAAACAUCUUCUAUUGUACAGAAAGUGAAUAGCUUAAUCAAUUGAUAGUGACAGAAUUAGACUACUUCCCAGGCAAAGUACAAAUGUUGUCUCCUCGGCUGUAGAAGGUUGUAGAUCAGCCUCUGAAUGUCAAAUAAACAAAACAAUGAUAUCAAAUCAAAUCAAAUUGUAUAUGCCACAUGCGCCAAAUACAACAGGUGUAGAAAUUACAGUGAAAUGCUUACUUACAAGCCCUUAACCAACAAUGCAUUUUUAUUUUUUAUUUUUUUGUGUUAAGUAAAAAAAAUAAAAGCAAAUAACUAAAGAGCAGCAGUAGAAUAAAAGAACAGUAGGGAGGCUAUAUACAGGGGGGUACCGGUGCAGAGUCAAUGUGCGGGGGCACCGGCUAGUCGAGGUAAUUGAGGUCAUGUACAUGUGGGUAGAGUUAAAGUGACUAUGAAUAAAUAAUAGAGAGAGUAGCAGCAGCGUAAAAGAGGGGGGUGGGGAUGGGGGGGCAGUGCAAAUAGUCUGGGUAGCAAUGAUUAGCUGUUCAGGAGUCUUAUGGCUUGGGGGUAGAAGCUGUUGAGAAGCCUUUUGGACCUAGACUUGGCGCUCCGGUACCGCUUGCCAUGCGGUAGCAGAGAGAACAGUCUAUGACUAGGGUGGCUGGAGUCUUUGACAAUUUUGAGGGCCUUCCUCUGACACCGCCUGGUAUAGAGUUCCUGGAUGGCAGGAAGCUUGGCCACAGUGAUGUACUGGGCCGUACGCACUACUAUCUGUAGUGCCUUGCGGUCGGAGGCCGAGCAGUUGUCAUACUAGGUGGUGAUGCAACCAGUCAGGAUGCUCUCGAUGGUGCAGCUGUAUAACUUUUUGAGGAUCUGAGGACCCAUGCCAAAUCUUUUCAGUCUCCUGGGGGGGAAUAGGCUUUGUCAUGCCCUCUUCACGACUGUCUUGGUGUGUUUGGACCAUGAUAGUUUGUUGGUGAUGUGGACACCAAGGAACUUGAAGCUCUCAACCUGUUCCACUACAGCCCCGUCGAUGAGAAUGGGGGCAUGCUGCUCAGUCCUCUUUUUUUCCUGUCGUCCACAAUCAUCUCCUUUGUCUUAAUCACGUUGAGGGAGAGGUUGUUAUCCUGGCACCACACGGCCAGAUCUCGGACCUCCUCCCUAUAGGCUGUCUCAUCGUUGUCGGUGAUCAGGCCUACCAUUGUUGUGUCGUCAGCAAACAUAAUGAUGGUGUUGGAGUCGUGCCUGGCCAUGCAGUCAUGGGUGAACAGGGAGUACAGGAGGGGACUGAGCACACACCCCUGAGGGGCCCCCGUCUUGAGGAUCGGCGUGGCAGAUGUGUUGUUACCUACCCUUACCACCUGGGGUGGCCCGUCAGGAAGUCCAGGAUCCAGUUGCAGAGUGAGCUGUUUAGUCCCAGGAUCCUUAGCUUAGUGAUGAGCUUUGAGGGCACUAUGGUGUUGAACGCUGAGCUGUAGUCAAUGAACAGCAUUCUCACGUAGGUGUUCCUCUUGUCCAGAUGGGAAAGGGCAGUGUGGAGUGCAAUAGAGAUUGCAUCAUCUGUGGAUCUGUUGGGGCGGUAUGCAAAUUGGAGUGGGUCUAGGGUUUCUGGGAUAAUGGGAUAAUGGUAUUGAUGUGAGCCAUGACCAGCCAUUCAAAGCACUUCAUGGCUACAGACGUGAGUGCUACAGGUCAGUAGUCAUUUAGGCAGGUUAUCUUAGUGUCCUUGGGCACAGGGACUAUGGUGGUCUGCUUGAAACAUGUUGGUAUUACAGACUCAGUCAGGGACAUGUUGAAAAUGUCAGUGAAGACACUUGCCAGUUGGUCAGCACAUGCUCGGAGUACACGUCCUGGUAAUCCGUCUGGCCCUGCGGCCUUGUGAAUGUUGACCUGCUUAAAAGUCUUAUUCACAUCGGCUACGGAGAGUGUGAUCACAUAGUCAUCUGGAACAGCUGGUGCUCUCAUGCAUGCUUCAGUUUUGCUUGCCUCGAAGCGAGCAUUGAAGUGAUUUAGCUCGUCUGGUAGGCUUGUGUCACUGGGCAGCUCGCGGCUGUGCUUCCUUUUGUAGUCUGUAAUAGUUUUCGAGCCCUGCCACAUCCGACGAGUGUCAGAGCCGGUGUAGUACGAUUCAAUCUUAGUCUGGUAUUGAGUCUUUGCCUGUUUGAUGGUUUGUCGGAGGGCAUAGCAGGAUUUCUUAUAAGCGUCCGGGUUAGAGUCCCGCUCCUUGAAAGCGGCAGCUCUACCCUUUAGCUCAGUGCGGAUGUUGCCUGUAAUCCAUGGCUUCUGGUUAGGGUAUGUACGUACGGUCACUGUGGGGACGACGUCAUCGAUGCACUUAUUAAUGAAGCCAGUGACUGAUGUGGUGUACUCCUUAAUGCUAUCUGAAGAAUCCUGGAACAUAUUCCAGUCUGUGCUAGCAAAACAGUCCUGUAGCUUAGCAUCUGCAUCAUCUGACCACAUUUUUAGUAAUCGAGUCACUGGUGCUUCCUGCUUUAGUUUUUGCUUAUAAGCAGGAAUCAGGAGGAUAGAGUUAUGGUCAGAUUUGCCAAAUGGAGGGCGAGGGAGAGCUUUGUAUGUGUCUCUGUGUGUGGAGUAAAGGUGGUCUAGAGUUUUUUUCCCUCUGGUUGCACAUUUAACAUGCUGGUAGUAAUUAGGUAGAAUGGAUUUAAGUUUCCCUGCAUUAAAGUCCCCGGCACUAGGAGCGCUGCCUCUGGAUGAACGUUUUCCUGUUUACUUAUGGCCUUAUACAGCUCAUUGAGUGCAAUCUUAAUGCCAGCAUCGGUUUGUGGUGGUAGAUAGACAGCUAUGAAAAAUAUAGAUGAAAAGUCUCUUGGUAAAUAGUGUGGUCUACAGCUUAUCUGUCACGAUCGUGAUGAGAAGCAGACCAAGGCGCAGCGUGAUAGGCGUACAUACUUUAUUGAAGUGUACACACGAACCAAAACAACAAAACGAUACGUGAAGUCCUAGGUCAUAACACAAACCAAACGGAACAAGAUCCCACAAUAAACUGGUGCCACCAGGCUGCCUAAGUAUUGUCCCCAAUCAGAGACAACGAGCUACAGCUGUCUCUGAUUGGGAACCACCCUGGCCAACAUAGAAACUAAACGAUCUAGAACACAACAUAGAAAACUAUAACAUAGAAAAAUCCACACCCUGGCUCAACAUAUAAGAGUCCCCAGAGCCAGGGCGUGACAUUAUCAUGAGAUACUCUACCUCAGGCGAGCAAAACCUCGAGACUUCCUUAGUAUUAGAUUUUAUGCACCAACUGUUGUUUACAAAUAUACACAGACCGCCACCCCUUGUCUUACCAUAUGCAUCCGGGUAUUUUACAGUUUGUUUCUAGCAUAAAGCAAGCGCUGUUAUAGAUGACUUUAUAUUAUCGGAUUCGUUUUAUUUUCUUCCAAAUCUUAAGCUAAAGCUUAUGCUUUUUGCCAUUUUCUUUAAUAAAAGGUAGGCCUAUGGCAUACUCUCUCAUACCCCUCAAUUUGAGUCCUGGUUUUAACUUAACAGCCCUUCGGUGACAUGGAGGAUGGUUAUUUAAAGAGUGCAUGGUGGGUGGAGGAAUUGGCCGACUAAUCUAUGGAUAUAGCAGCCUAUAGCUUAAUUGAGUCUGUCAAACAGUAGGCCUACCUCUUAUUUCUGAAAUAGGAAGAAAUAGGCUUCAACACAAAGCUCUCUUGUUGUUAGUCAAGUCUAAUUAAAACUUGAAUUUGCAUACUUACAGCACCAUAAGCUGUCCAUUUCCUAUUGAUUGUGAUGCGGUUGCUGCUUCAAGUUUCAGCACCACAAUACAAGUUACUAGAAUCUGGCUUAUUGUGAGGUCAAUAACUCUGAUAAAUACAUAAUGGGCAAGAAACAUUGUUUUUAUUCAAUUAUAUAGUCAAUUAUAGUAGUAGCAAGCUAUGAAAGUUGACCUCCAGUCCUCCUUCUCAUCUUCGCUCUCUCCUUCUCAAACUGAACAGAACAUAGGCUAUAGACUAGUCCGUGUGCAAGAUAUUGCAUUUUUUGGACUAGGCCUAAUCCAUUUUUUGUCUCUCCUCCUGUACUACCACUGUAGGCCUACACAGCAAAGCCAUUGGUUAGGCAGCACACACAAAAAGGUUUGAUCAACAAGAGCAGAGCAGACUGGGGCUCAGGGUUGUGAUAUCCAUUGCAGUGUGUAAUGCAGCCUAAUUUUAUUUACACCGUCCCAGAAGCUAUCUUAGAAAUAUAACUUCGCUCUGUGCUUCUCCGAGCAUGCACUUCGUAGCCUAUAGCCUUUAGGUGAUGGAUCAUUUGAUUGAGACCACACUAAAUAGGCUAUAGGCGCUAAUUCUAAAACACAGAUUUUUUUUUAAUGUCAUCAAUUACAAACUACUUGAACCUCCCCUGGACUAGAUUUAAAAAAUACUAAACCCUCCCCUUGACUGAAAUUGAAAAAGCAUGACCCUCCCCCAUUUUCCUCCAGGUACCCAUUCUGUAAAUGUCGAUCCAUCCCUUAUCUCUCCCAGACUCUCUACAGUAGCCUAUCUUUACAAAACAGUAGUAUAUCCCUACCCACUUCAUCUCUCUCUCCUUCUCUCUGGCCCUCUGGUUGUGGCGUGUUUAUCAGCAGCAGAAGGAAAAGGGUGCUACAUCUGUUCAGCCUCUGGGCCAGCUGGAACAUAAAAGGGAACAGUGGGGGUGGGGUUGGCAGGGGUUGGUUCUGUGUUAGAUUUGGAUCCUCCUUAGCCCUUUUAAGAUAGGUUGACCCAUUUAACAGCAUUGUAAAGUAUCCAGGGAAGACAUUCAGGUGGAUCGAUGCAGACAUGGCUUGAGGUCUAUCUUUACGUUUCUCCUACUUAGUUGUGCUUCCUUUGUUAAAUCCAGCCAACUCUUAUCUGUGCUUAUAGACCUCUACAAUCCUCUAUAAUUGCAGCAGUCAUUACCAUACAUUUUUGUUACACUGUAAUCAUUUAUGGCAAGCUGAAGUAGAGCUCAGUUUUGUUGUGACCACCAGAACGUGCAUAAGUCAGUAACAGCGUGUAGCUAGCUUAGAAUAGAAUAUGCUGUCAGUGUCUUCUUGUUUAAAUGAAGACGUCUUCCCUCAGCUCUUUGGCUGCAAAUUAACCACAUUGUUUCAACAAGACUAAAGCAGUUUGCAUGGCACGUCACACUGUGUUUCUGUGUUUACGUUCUAGUCUGAUCUGUCAGUGGAAAUUAAACAGGCAACAGCUGAGACACGGAGAGAGAACUGAGGCUUGACUAAUUGUUCUCCAGAGAUAGUUGACCUUGAUGGUGACACUGCGGUUUUGUGCAUAUGAACAUAAUUCAAAACAGACAAGAGAUAAUUAGCAACUCUGAUGCCACUUGGGAGUUUUAAAUUAGAUUAAUUGACUACAAUUUGUUCUGUAAGACUGGUGCGGUUUGCAAGAUCCACCCAGGAGUGGUAUCUGUCCUCAGAUCAUUUCUUAUUUGAAGCCUCCCUCAACCUCGUACCUAUCCUCAGGCUAGUCAUGACAAACCUGCGCUUUGGCCAAGGACAAUAGAUUUAAACUACAGAAAUGCCUCAAGGUGAUGGAAAUCACAACCAUUUUGGUUGGGCUGAGUUAUCUAACAGGUCUCAGCAGGGUAUGGAGUGGUGUUAGUCAUCAGCCUUCCCAGGCUUGGGCUCCACCAUCAUCAUCCCCAAUGACUAUCAUUUCUGUUCUCACCCCAGCAGGUGAGAGCGAGACACGUUUGAUAACAGUGGCAUGUUGAUUUUAGGGUUAUGAUGCAGUAACUGUUAUUGUCUAGUGGAAAGGUAUGGAUGGAUGACAUGUUAUUGUGUGCAAAGAGUUUGAGCAGAUUCUAGCCAGUGGAAGAAACACCUCAGUGAGGGAAGUAACAAUUGUAUAUGCCAAUCUGAAAUAGCUAUUUUGGCUGUGUUUAUGAGAAGAAGUAAAUCAGUGGAAAAGUCAUUCAGACAGACUUGUCUGCACAUAACAGAAUUCCUCCCCUCCCACCUUCAUUUUCUCCCUCCUUUUUAUUGGUUAAUCUCCAUUUCUAUUUGAAGGAGAAAAAUAGCAGCUGCAUUGCAUCAGGUCUGGAACUCAUUACAGCUGAAAAGUGUUUUGACAUAAAACUCCUGCUCUUCCUUGCCUCACGCUCUCUGCCUUACGCUCCCUGAGAGAAAUGAAAAUCAGCCUAAAAUAAGCACAAUUGUUUUUAAAUUAAGCAGAAAAAAACUGACCAUUUUAAUUGUCCUUCAAAACGCAAUAUAAAUGACAUAUAACCAUUACAUAUAAUCAUUUUAACUAUCGCUAAGAUAAAUUGUUUGAUUAAAAUUGUAAUUUCACUGAGAAUGGAUAAAACAAAACGUGAAUAAGACAAUGUACGUUGAAUCACCAGACUGUGUUUAUAAAGCAAUGGGUGUUAUUAAUGGACCAGUGAAUCCACUGUGUUGUCCUUCCACCUUCAGGCCCUAACGUGGUUGAACUUGAGAGACCACGGGUAGUCAACGUCAUCCUCCCUGAGCACCGAGGUCACUUCUUCCAGCAGAUGGGCUACUUCCUGGCUACCUUCCUCCUCCUAGCCUUCAUCAUAACAAUCGUCAUUGUGCUUACCCAACAACGCAGAAAGAGAGGUAGUGUGUGUGUGUGUCUUCCACUGUAUGUAUCUCUUCAUGUCUCUUCUCUAUCACACACAACCAAACUUUAUAUUUGUAUGGAUGUCCUCAAUUUCUUCACUUUCUAUUUAUAUGAAUGUCCUCAAUUUCAUAUUUAAAUCAGUUAAACGGCUCUGUGUGUGAUUGGUGAUCUGUAAAUGGUGUGAUUAAAGUGUGUUAAAUCUUGUUUUAGGGCUGGAGUACGACCUGCGAAGAUCUGAACGGUCAGAACUGAUUUAGUAUGGUGGAUUGUCACACUUGAUAAUGAGAACAUGACUCAUUUUAAGGAGAACCUAAACUCUCACUGAACUGUUACCACUAACCACCUCCCUCUCUUACUGGUAAACAGGAGUCAUGUGACUGGCCACGAUGACAUCACAUUGGAUGCCAUAGAGCUGAAGGUCUGCAACCAGGAAUACCUGAAUUCAGGUAAGGUUCCCAUGCUGCUGUAGGCCCUACCUCAUAUAGACUAGAGAGUUUGAACAGGGUGACUCAUAUCAAUAAUGGCUGUCGCUGCACAGAGCUCAUACGGUACAGUACAUCAUGACAUGUCGAAUUUAAUGACCAACCUUUUUGCACUUUCUAUCCUUAGACUGCAAAAACAACCUACAGAAAGAGAGAGAUGUGUCCAAAGGCUGCAAUAAAGGUAAGUGUAUGUGACAUCAGGGGUUCAAAACAACAAUUGCAUGUCUAAUUUAAUGUUAUUUUUUUUGCUAAUGUCACUUCUCAUUUCUUUCCUACCAUUCUCUUCCCUCCUCCAUAUCUCUCUCUCUAGAAAUGGAUGGAAAGUUGUGGAUG